GUUCUUUCCCGUUGGCUUCCUCUUCAACACACUCAGUCGCCAGAAGGCUGGCCGUCGGGUUCCUCGGAAGCGCUUUUGCUGCCGCGGCGGGACAUGGACUACCACGUAAACUCGCACGACCUUCCGGCGUGGGGCCAGUUGGAAGUCUUCAACUCCAGGCCAGAGGCCUUCCGUUCUCUCAGUGUUGACGAACGAGAAGACCAGCGCGUCCGGUUGCUUCAUGUGGCCAACAACGUCCAACUCAAGCGCAUGCUUGUUCCCGGGAAGGAGGUUUGUGGGCCCGGCGCAGAGCUCUACUUGCGCGUGGCACCCACGUGCCCCUUGUACUACAUGCGCUGGACGAAUGACGUGAAGCAGGCGACCGUCGAGUUUACGUCAAAGGUGCCACAAUCCGGGAGUCGCGCUGAAGUACUUGGCCCUUUUUCCCAAGUGGAGGGACAAGCUUUCGCCACGCCCGUGAUCGGGAGGGUAUUCCGAGCCAGGUCGAAGACCGACCCGAGAUCACCGCUCAACGUUCUCCCGGGGUUUGCUGUGGUGCGGUCUCAAGGGUUUGAAGUGCGGGAAUCGGACUCGGACUCCCCACCUGCGGCAGGCAGAAAGCGCAAGCGCCCCGUAAGGGCCACGGGUGGAGGGCGUGGGAAAGGUCGUAAGUUUCGAAACGGGGCGGGUGGUUCUUCGUCCGACGAAAGUGACGAGGCUGAGGAAGAAGAGAAAGAGGAUGAGGAAGGGGAUGAGGAAGGCGACGACGACCAUCAAGGGCAAGAAGAGGGCGAGGAAGAGGAUUACGACGACGAAUACGACAGAGAUGUCUAAGAAGGGGAGCGGGAAUGGGGUGUCAUGGUCGGACGGCGGGGGUAAGGGGCCGGGGAGGUUCGACUGAAUGGAUGGAGGUUCAUGGCCGGACGAACACGGGGCGGGGUGGGUCCAGGAAGACGGAGGAGGAGCGGGGGGAUUCUCGAUUGAUUGAUGAAGUCAAACACAGCUGCAAACACGUAGUUUUUAACGUGAAUGAAGAUUGGAUGUGAGGAUACCCCUUUCUAUUUGUUUUUUGCCUAUAUCUUUUAACAAGCGAGCGUGAGAUUUCGUUUGGAGGAACUUGAAACGAAGAAUAUCAAAUGUCUGUCUCAGCCUGUCUGUCCGUCGGUUUGGCCGUUGUUGUUGCUGCGUGUGGUAGUUUUCGUGCAGCUUGGUCUUCGGGUUAGUAUUCGUUCGUGGGGGCAGGGGCUCUUCCACUACUACACAACUAGAUAGAGUUGGAAUUCCGCCCGUUGUUACACAGCAGCAGCAGCAGGAGGAGGAGGAGGAAGCCUGCGACCACGCGAUAUGAUGAAAGAACAAUUUUUAUCUAUCUAGCCCCGUUCAACCGAUUA